CAAGGAGGUGGAGGACGCCGAGAAGUACUCUUUCAUGGCCACCGUAACCAAGGCCCCCAAGAAGCCGGAUGGUCCCGAUCCCGGUCCCCUUUCGCCGCAGCCAGCCCGGCUUCGGUCAGACACAGCCGACUCAAUCUGCAGCCCCCAGCCGGGGAUGCCGUUCAUUCAAAUUCCCAUGACAAGCCGAGGGAUUACAAGAUUUUCUCCGUCGCCUUAAUGCAGCUGGAGAGCCUGGCACAUGGAAGCAAAUCCAAUUUGCAGAUGACAUGCAGGAGUUCACCAAGUUCCCAACAAAGACAGGCCGUCGGUCCCUGUCCCGAUCCAUCUCACAGUCUUCCACCGACAGCUACAGCUCCGCUGCCUCCUACACGGACAGCUCUGAUGACGAGGUGUCCCCCCGUGAGAAACAACAAACCAACUCCAAAGGCAGCAGCAAUUUCUGUGUGAAGAACAUCAAGCAGGCAGAGUUUGGGCGCCGGGAGAUUGAGAUUGCUGAACAAGACAUGUCUGCUCUGAUUUCACUCAGGAAACGAGCUCAAGGGGAGAAGCCUUUGGCUGGAGCUAAAAUCGUGGGCUGUACCCACAUUACAGCACAGACUGCGGUGCUGAUUGAGACGCUGUGCGCGCUGGGAGCGCAGUGCCGCUGGUCUGCCUGUAACAUCUAUUCCACCCAGAAUGAAGUGGCAGCUGCCUUGGCAGAAGCUGGUGUUGCCGUGUUUGCCUGGAAGGGGGAGUCGGAGGAUGACUUCUGGUGGUGCAUUGACCGCUGUGUUAACGUAGAUGGCUGGCAGGCCAACAUGAUCUUGGAUGAUGGUGGGGACCUCACCCAUUGGGUUUACAAGAAAUACCCCAACGUAUUCAAGAAGAUCCGAGGGAUUGUGGAGGAGAGUGUGACCGGUGUGCACAGGCUGUACCAGCUCUCCAAGGCCGGGAAGCUGUGUGUCCCAGCCAUGAAUGUGAAUGACUCUGUCACGAAACAGAAAUUUGAUAACCUAUAUUGCUGCCGGGAAUCCAUCCUAGAUGGCCUGAAGAGGACCACGGAUGUGAUGUUUGGAGGGAAGCAAGUGGUGGUUUGUGGUUAUGGGGAGGUUGGCAAGGGAUGCUGUGCCGCUCUGAAAGCCCUGGGAGCGAUUGUCUACGUCACGGAGAUUGACCCCAUCUGCGCUCUCCAAGCUUGCAUGGAUGGAUUUCGGGUGGUGAAGCUGAGCGAAGUAAUCCGUCAGGUGGAUGUCGUCAUCACCUGCACAGGAAACAAGAAUGUCGUGACCAGAGAACACCUGGAUCGGAUGAAGAACAGCUGCAUCGUCUGCAACAUGGGCCACUCCAACACCGAGAUCGAUGUGACCAGCCUCCGGACCCCAGAGCUGACCUGGGAGCGAGUCCGCUCCCAAGUGGACCACGUCAUCUGGCCGGAUGGGAAGCGGGUGGUGCUGCUGGCUGAGGGCCGUCUUCUCAACCUGAGCUGCUCUACGGUUCCUACCUUUGUUCUCUCCAUCACGGCCACCACUCAGGCUCUGGCUCUGAUUGAGCUUUACAACGCUCCUGAGGGCCGUUACAAACAGGACGUGUACCUGCUGCCGAAGAAGAUGGACGAGUAUGUCGCCAGCUUGCAUCUGCCUUCAUUUGAUGCCCACCUGACAGAACUGACGGAUGAUCAGGCAAAAUACCUGGGACUCAACAAAAACGGGCCUUUCAAACCCAAUUACUACAGAUACUGACGGACCAUACCCAUGAAGGACCAGACCACACAAGGCAACAUUAGAGAGAUUAUUUUUAAAGAUAAUUUUUAUUUUCGUUUACCUUUUUCUUUUUUUUUUUUUUUAAACCAACAAAGGAACCUGUUUUUACAUUUAUCAGUGUGAUUUUUAAGGUCACUUUUUUUUUCCUCAGUUUCACCCUUUUACGUGAUCACAUCUCUGUCUGAUCUUGGCAGACAACCUGGGAUUCGCUUCUUGCUUUCAUGUGGCUGAAGCCACUGGUGGCUCCCAGCCCUGGCUCCCAGAGAGGGUUUCCCUUUCCUGAUGUGCCAAGGGCAGUUAAUUCCUGCAGCGAUGGUUUUUGGGGUUUUUUUUUGUUUGUUUGUUUUUUUUCUUUUCCUCACCUUUCCAGCCCGCAUUAGUCUCGGCCGGGAUCCCUGCAGAUACGGAGAUGCUGUUCUACCUUAUCUGAUGUUUCUUUCUUUGUGUGGAUUAUCUGCAACUUCUAAAUUGCCUUAAAGAGCCCAGUUUUAGCUGCUAGAUCAAUGCUCCUAGCGCUGCUUGGGAGCAGAGUGGCGCCUGCUGGCCACCUCGCGAAUAGGUGACUGUCCCCCAGCCUGGCCAAGGUCCCUGCACCGAGGUGGCCCAGGGUUGGUGGCCGGCCGGGUCUGGGGGAGUUCACUGUUUCAGGGUGCUAAUCUGAAUUUGGACGGGGGUCGCUUACCCAGCAUUAUCCUCAUCUCUCCUAGGUUUUUUAGCCAAACUGCACCUUAAUUGAGUUAAAAACAUUUUUGUUUGUUUGUUUGUUUUUUCCUCUUUUCCUUUUUGAUCCUUAAAGAGAUGUUUUAAAGCGGGGGGAAGCGUUGGGAAUGCGGCUGCCUGCUGAGUCCAGGCACUCGCUGCAUCUGAGUGGCCCCAUCUCCCACUGAGAAGCAUGGGGUGGUUUUAUGGGUGUCUGGUUGAUUGGGGUUUUUUUUGUUUUGUUUUUCUUUUUUGGGGGGUGUUUCACUUUUUGUUUUGAGACGGAUGCAGAGAUGAGCCUUCCCCCUACCCCAGCCUGGGACCUCUGCACCACAGACCCCUGCGCAAAGCCCUUGGCUCCCCCAUUGCUGCCCUGGCCCUUGAGCUGGGGCUUUCUCAGCUCUUCCCUGCCCUCUUGCAGUGCGUUUCAGCCGCUCUCAUCGCCUCGUUUGUCCCCUUCCCCAUCCUCGCUGGUGACCUGUUUCUCUUUUCAAUCUCUUGCAGCUUGUCCCAAGACGGGGGAAGCUCCUUGCAACCCAGUGAGGUUUCUCUUGGCUUUUUUUAUCCUCCCCAGAUUGCCUCUUUCUUCCCCCAGCCAAGGCCAGAGCAUGGAGGGAAGGAGGACCCCCACUGCCCGCAUCUCCCGGUACAUGGAUAAUGGAGAUGCUGGGGUACCGGUGACCGGGCCUGCUCUUUCACCUCUAGCCACCCUGUCCUGCGGACUGGGCAUGACUUUUUAGUGCUGCCUGGGUCCCUCCCCGGGGCUUUGCAGGUUUGGGGGUGCCGCUGCUUCCUGGGGGGGUGCAAAGCUCCUUUGUCAGGAUGGGAGGAAGAUGGGAGGGAUGCUCGUGGCUUUGAUCACCCUCCUCUUUUCCCCUCUGCCUCCUUGUCCUUUGACUAUUCCUCUUUCUCACCCUGCCCAUCUUCUCCUGGACUGUCACUGGGUCGCUCGCUCUCCCCACGGAUUUUUGGGGAUCACCUGCCUUGCAGGGUCCCCUCCACCUUCAUGGGGAUGGGACUCACGCCUGGCUCAGUGAGCUGGGAUGGGUGUCUGCA